AAACGCGUCGCUGUCAGUCCUUGGGGCAUGGCCUCCACCUCCACCACCCCAGCGUAUACGAAUUCCGAUCAAGCUAGGGCGCAAGCGGCAUUCACCGCAAGCCUCCGAAUCGCAGGCUCGAUGACAGUCGGUGGGGCCUUCUACGGUUUCAUGUCCACAGCGGCAGCCUUGUGUGCGCAUUCGCUCAUCCAGACCCGCCAAUCCCGCUCACGGAAACAACUCACGUUCCUUCUCGCAUACGUUGGUACACUCUGGUUGGCAGGCACGGCGGUGGUCGUGGGCAUGGCAGGAGUCGCCAUCGAUGCGUACGUAAUUCACGCGUCAACAUCACUUCAGAGCCCGUACGUGCAGAAUCUCGCUCCGGGAGGAUUCACAUCGGUCGCGGAUAUCCCUCUGUGGAUAAUUUGCAUGCUUUCGGAUGGGAUGAUGGUCUGGCGGUUCAAAGUCGUUUGGUCAAUGUCGCGUUUCUAUCGCUAUCUUUUAGCGGCACCUAUUAUCCUCUAUCUGGGAACAUCGAUCCUCGGUUUCCUUGCAUUCGUAGUCUUUAGUAAACUCCCAGUCACGGCCGGCGAUAGUACUACCUUCAACGUGUAUCUUGUCACCGCCAUGUUCCUGUCAUCUUUCUGCCUCAACGUCUACAUCACCGCCUUCAUAGCAGGUCGUCUCUUUCUUUACAGGCGCCGCUUUAAAGCUAAUUGGGGAAUGCCCGGCUCAAGACACUACUCAUCCAUGGGCACCAUACUUAUUGACUCAUACGUCCCUUUAACAGUCUGCACCGUCCCAUUCCUGGCAACGUACCUCAUAAACAAUCCGGCCGAGUACAUGGUCGCCGUAAUUCUCGGUGAGAUGCAGAUCAUCGCGCCACUCGUGGUCAUGAUUCGGGUCUCACGCGGGGUUGCAUGGGAUUCGUCGAUGGCAUCGGAGUCACUGGAGGAUGCGGUAGACAGGAUGAUCGAGGCUCAAAGUCUGCGGAUCGUGUAGGAAGGGGUGUAAGUAUUGUGUUCCAAUGAAAGCAUCUAUCCAGUGGAGAUGGUCCGCUAGAAGACUGGUAGCUUUAUGCCUACAAUCGUAGUAUUAUGAUUUUACCGACAAAUACCUACUUUAGUUUACUAUUACUAAUGACAGGAAACCC